AUGCAUAUCUACCGCCGUCAGGCCCGCAAUCUCGCCUGGUACGACCAAGAUGGCGAGCCAUCCUCGCACAACCCCUUUAAGAAAUUCCGCCGGCGCCCUCAGCGCACCAACUCCGUCCAACUAGAAGAUCAAGCCCCCCACUCCCGAAGCUUGGGCGACCUCCGUCUCUCGCAAGAUCAACGGCGCCGCGCCGAGUUCAACGGCGAUCUCGAAGGUCCCGCCUACUCAGGCACAUUCCCACCUGAAUCGGCCGGUAGCUACGAGCCCGCCGCAUCCAAUCUCAGUCAAGAACCCAUCAACGACACGGCAGACAAGUCCACGGUGCGGGAACUAGACCUCGAAGCCGAAAUCGAGGGUAACGGCACUGCGAGCGUGGACACAACCGGAACCCAGGCGCGUCAGCGCAAGGGAUUCUUUGGCAAGUUCGGCCAUAAGAAAGAGCAAGAAACGUCUGUGCCUGAGCCAGAUGACGAAAAGCCCCUCGAGGGUCCCAAGUUCACGGUGGCCAGCCAGAUCCGCGCGACGGUAUUCAAUUCAUGGAUCAACGUGCUUAUUAUCGCUGCGCCUGUGGGUAUCGCAUUGCACGUGGUAAAGGCGAAUCCUAUCGCUAUCUUCGUUGUUAACUUCAUCGCGAUUAUCCCGCUCGCCGCGAUGCUGAGUUAUGCGACUGAGGAAAUUGCCCUGCGAACCGGUGAGACGAUUGGUGGAUUGCUCAAUGCCUCGUUCGGCAAUGCGGUCGAGUUGAUCGUUGCUAUUAUCGCGCUGGUCAAGAAGGAGGUUCUCAUCGUGCAAACCUCGCUGAUUGGUAGUAUUUUGUCUAAUUUGCUACUGGUCAUGGGCAUGUGUUUCUUCUUUGGUGGUGUGAACCGCAUUGAGCAGCAUUUCAAUGUCGUCGUUGCGCAGACUGCGGCUAGUCUUUUGGCACUGGCUGUGGCUAGUUUGAUUAUUCCUACUGCGUUCCAUAAGUGGUCUGAUGGGAAUAAGGAGAAUACGGCUCCUCUUUCGCGAGGAACCUCCGUCCUCCUACUCAUCGUCUACGGCUGCUACCUCUUCUUCCAACUCAAAUCCCACACAGACAUGUAUAACGAGCCAUCCAAAAAAGUCGCAAAACGCUCCAAAAAGUCCGGCGACGCCAACCGCGGCAUUGCGCAAAUCGGGAAAAUGACCGCCCGCACAAUGGGCGGCUCCAACGCCGCUGAAGUCAACCUCCAAGACGCAGACGACGAGCCCGAGCAGCCGCAGUUGCAUAUCUGGGUCGCUAUGGCUACGCUGGGUCUUUCGACUGCUUUGGUGGCUGUUUGCGCUGAGUUCAUGGUUGACUCGAUUGAUGCUUUGACUGCGACGGGUAAUAUUAGUGAGACUUUUGUUGGGUUGAUUCUGUUGCCUAUUGUUGGUAACGCGGCGGAGCAUGCUACGGCUGUUACGGUGGCUUGUAAGGAUAAGAUGGAUUUGGCGAUUGGUGUUGCUGUGGGUUCGAGUAUGCAGAUUGCGCUGUUGGUUUUGCCGUUUAUUGUUGUUUUGGGUUGGAUCAUGGGUGUGGAUGAUAUGACUCUCAACUUUGACAGUUUCGAGAUUAUCUUGCUCUUUGUGUCUGUGCUUUUGGUCAACUACCUCAUCGGAGACGGCAAAUCUCACUGGCUUGAAGGCGUUCUCCUCAUGAUGAUGUAUCUGAUUAUCGCUCUCGCUGCUUGGUUCUUCUAA